CGGAGCCAGGUGCGGGGAUCCUGAACUCGUGGGACCCUCUCCCUUUCCUCUCCCCGCUCGGAAAAACCUCGCCCGCUCUUGUCCGAUCCACUCGCUCCACCGCUCCACCGCUCCACCAUGGCCAGGGGCCCGGGCUUCGCGCCGUGGCCGCUGCCGGUGCUGCUGGUGCUGGCGGCGGUGGCCGGCUACGCGGCCGCGCAGAAGAACUGCACCUGUGCCACCAACAAGAUGACCAUCUGCGGCCCGGACGGCCCGGGUGGCUCCUGCCAGUGCCGGGCGCUGGGCUCGGACAUGGUGGUGGACUGUUCCACGCUGACUUCCAAGUGCCUGCUGCUCAAGGCCCGCAUGAGCGCCCCAAAGAGCGGCCGCACGCUGGUGCGCCCCAGCGAGCAGGCGAUCGUGGAUAACGACGGGCUCUACGACCCGGAGUGCGACCAACAGGGCCGCUUCAAGGCGCGCCAGUGUAACGAGACGACCUCGGUGUGCUGGUGCGUGAACUCGGUGGGCGUGCGCCGCACCGACAAGGGCGACCGGAGCCUGCGCUGCGACGAGGUGGUCCGCACCCACCACAUCCUCAUCGACCUGCGCCACCGGCCGGCCGCGCGCGCCUUCAACCACUCGGACCUGGACGCUGAGCUGCGGCGGCUCUUCCGCGAGCGCUAUGGCCUCCGCCCCAGGUUCCUGGAGGCCGUGCACUACGAGGAGCCCACCAUCCAGAUCGAGCUGCGGCAGAACGCGUCGCAGAAGGCUCCCGGCGACGUGGACAUCGCCGACGCCGCCUACUACUUCGAGAGGGACGUCAAGGGCGAAUCGCUGUUCCACGGACGCCGCGGCCUGGAUGUGCAGGUGCGCGGGGAGCCCCUGCACGUGGAGCGAACGCUCAUCUACUACCUGGAUGAGAAGCCCCCCGAGUUCUCCAUGAAGCGCCUCACCGCCGGCCUCAUCGCCGUCAUCGCGGUGGUCGUGGUGGCCCUGGUUGCCGGGCUGGUCGUACUGGUGAUCACCAACCGUAAGAAGUCCGGGAAGUACAAGAAGGUGGAGAUCAAAGAACUGGGGGAGAUGAGAAAUCAACCCAGCUUGUAGGAACAGGGAAGAGGGGGUAAAGUUUGGCAAGGGUAGGGUAAGGUGGCGUGGGGGGACAUCAGAUUUGGGUGGCCUCCCAGAUCAAAGUGGGUCACCCAUCGUGAUUCCUGGCCUAAGAGAGGUAUUUCUUCUCCCCAAAGACCUACCCUCUCCUACCAUUUGUUAGAAUCCUGGAUUCAGGAUCUCUUCUUUUAUCUUUCUUGAAGGAAGCAUUUCUAAAACUCCCUUCCUUCCUUUGGGCCUCACCAGAAACCUAAGUUAGGAAAGGAUGGCCCAGUCUAAUGUGUCUGGAGCAAUUGUCUGAGAUCCAGUGUCCUUUGCCAGUGACUGAAUUCCAAUCCAUCCCAAAGGCUCACAUGGCUUCCCCUGGAAAGCAGUGUCUCCCCUAUCUUGGGUUCAAGUUACUGGAGGAGCUCGCCUCCAUUUUACCUUCCCCAGGAGAAGAGGACUUUGCUAAUUGGACCUUGUCAUGUCCUCAUUCACCAUGGUUUUUAUUACCAACCACUUCUGCUGGCCACCGGGAAAGAAGCUGGUUUCUGCUGUCAGAACACGUUUUCCUUGUCUUUUAUUGGAGGGCACACUGGCCCAGAAACAGCGUGUAAUCAUUCCACAGCUCAACUUUAGUACAAUAGAAAUUAGUAAUGUUUUCUUUUUGUAAAAUGUUUGUAUAUAUGCUUUCUUUGAUAAUGCUGCUGUGAUUUUUUUUAAAAAACACAAAUUUAAUAAAAUAUAAGAAAACCACAACC